GCACGAUUGGUCUCGGCCACUACUGUCCUGUCGAAGAUUUCCUUUAAAAUAACACUGACAUCCGAUCCAAAUCUUCCUUUCAAGGUACUGAAAGUCCCGGAAAAUGCUCCGUUUACCGCCGUUUUGAAGUUUGCCGCCGAAGAAGUGAGUCAUUUAGUAGCCAUAAGGACUUUUUCAGUUGUUAUUGGCUUCCUUCGCCGCGGUUUUGAAAUAAAUAAUUUUCUGGGGAAAAUUACUUGA